GGGGUGCAUCGCUUCUUCCCCAGAAGAUUCAGUCCUAGAUUUAGUCCUGUGACUGCGCAUACUACUCGCACGCACAGCAGCAUUUACACAUUUUUGAUAUGAGUCCACCGUCUGCUAUCCAGAACGGCAACAGCCAAUUGUCGCCAUCCGGUCUGGCGUCCUCGUCGCGCGCCGCCGAGCUCGAAACACUUCUCGAGCUGGUGUCGCAGCGCGCGACCGCCUACGUCGCUGCGGCGGACGCGCCGGGCGCGCGCAUAGGGGACCCAGUGCCUCCGAAAGAGCUGAUGAGCAUUUUGGGAGCGCACCUGUCGCUUCCCAGCACGGGCGGCGGGCAGACCGAGUUUCUGGCGGUGCUGGACGAGAUUCUGAAGCACUCGAUCGUGACAUGGCAUCCGGGGUUCAUGGACAAGCUGUACGCGUCCACGAACCCCGUCGGCGUGGCGUCGGACCUCUUGCUCUCGAUCCUCAACACAAACGGAUACAUCUUCAGCGUGUCGCCCGUGCUCACGCUGAUUGAGAAGAAAACAUCGCACGAGUACGCCGAGCUGUUUGGGUUCACUUCGCCAUGGUCAGGCGGCCUCACCCUCCCCGGCGGCUCGGCAUCCAACACGCACUCGCUCAUCGUCGCCCGCGGGAUCCUGUACCCCGACACAAAACUGACCGGCAACGGCGACCACAGAUUCGUCAUCUUCACCUCCGCGCACGGGCACUACUCGGUCGAGAAAGCGGCAAUCUCGGUCGGCCUCGGCAGCGAGGCGGUCUGGACUAUCCCCGUUGACGCUGAGCAGCGCAUGCGCGUUGAUGUGCUCGAGGAGAAGAUCCUCGAGGCAAAGAAGCAGGGCCGGACGCCGCUCUACGUCAACGCCACGGCCGGCACGACCGUCUACGGCUCGUACGACCCCUUUGAAGCCAUCGCGGCCGUCGCCAAACGGCACGGUCUGUGGUUCCACGUUGACGGGUCGUGGGGCGGCAACGUCGUGUUUUCAGACAAGCUAAAGUACAAGCUCAAGGGCGUCGCGCUGGCCGACAGUCUGACGGUGAAUCCGCACAAGAUGCUGGGUGUGCCGCUGACGUGCUCGUUCUUGCUCGCGCCGGAUCAUAGGGUGUUUCAGAAGGCGUCGUCGCUGAGAGCGCCGUAUCUGUUCCAUAACAGUGAGGUCGACGGCGAGGAUUUCGAUAUCGGUGAUUCUACUAUGGGGUGCGGCAGACGCGCGGAUUCCCUCAAGCUGUUUUUGGGGUGGAAGUGGUAUGGCAAGGAAGGCUACGGCGAGCGCGUAGAAACCGCAUUCGAGGUCACAGCCCAUCUGGCCACCCUGAUCUCCUCACGAGCAGGCUUCCACCUGCUCUCCAGCAACCCGCCGCCGUGCCUGCAAACCUGUUUCUACUACUCGCCCAACAAGCGCGAUGCGCUGCUCAACACGGCCGAGUACAACACCAAAGUGACGCGGACGAUUGCGCACGAGCUGCAGGCGAGCGGACGGUUCUUGGUCGACUACGCGCCGCCGGCGAGUCCUGAGGACGGCAAGGGCGAGUUUUUCAGAGCGGUGGUGAAUGCGCCUACGACUACGAAGAAGACGGUCGAGGAGUUGGUGUCGAUGAUUGAGAGUAUAGGCGAGAGCUUGGAUGUAGAUGUAUAGAUUGUCAUCAACAAGGUAGAUGCACAUGCAGAUUUGCACGCCAGAGUUACAUCGUAGGCCUGGUGUACCCAUUUCUUCCACGAAGGUACCCAAAAGAUAGAAUUUACUCUCAGCACAUGCGCAUAGACAUCACGCUUACGAAUUCACAGGAUUAUAAAUCAGCGUGCAAUUAAUAAGCGUCUGCAUACACCUCCUUCGUAAACCGAUCGUACCAAAAC